UGCGAAGCACUGCUUUUGUUGGGCGUCCAAUUGUUUGCCGAGGAAUUCUUUUUUUUUUAAUUUCCUUCGGCCUAUUAUCGGGUGAAUAACAAACCGGAAUUUUAUAACAUGUCUUUUAACUGACAAAGCUCCGUUUAAAUAGUAUUACAUUACAAAACAGUGGACGUUCAGUGAUGGUGUUUGUGUAAUAAUUUCUUUUAAUACGGGAAAUGAUUGCUGAAUUAAAUACUUUAUCGGGUAAGUGAGGUGAAUGCAAAGAUUAACCGGUUUUGAUGAAACUGUGGUGGUGUGGUAAAACAAUGGCAUGGUCGAUUUUGUAGUUUAAAAACGCAUGCAAAAAUGUUAAAAAACCAAAUGUAGCGGGAUGCAGACGAUACGCAUUGAGGUAACAGUGACGAAUAAUGGAAUACAAAUACAAAGCAAAAACAUUUCGUGUUUUUUAAACAACUAAGUGUGAAAUGACUGAAAAACUUUUCCGCGCAAGAACUGUCAAAAUGACAUAAAUAGUGAGUGAAUGGAAUGUUCGGUUCGGAAACAGCAUGGUGACUCUGAUGCCGUGUGGCUACCUCGGCGGCGCUUCACCGCGCUGCAACUUGGAUCACGAGCCUAAGGCAAAGCGAUCGAGACCCGAUUCGGGCACUGAUGUACGGUUGUCAGGAGAAGUCAAUACAAGUCCAUGCGAAUCAGAAUCUACGUCUGACUCUCCGCCAUCAUUGCUGCAGGAUGCAACGUUACCAGCGCUUCUAGUAUCAGGAGCUACUACACUAUUUCAAAACACGACAACAUCUUCUAACAACCCUUUAAGUUUGAACUCAGUGGACGGCUUAAACUUACCGAAUAGUUCGGAAGUAGAGAGUUGCAAUUUAGCGAACGGAUGCGCAACGAGCUCUUCGCUGGCCGGUCUGGCUCUACCUUUGACGUCGACUGGUGGAUUGUGUUCAACGACAUCGUCGUCAGCUGUCGCCUGGUUGAUGAAUGAGGAUAGCACGGGGGGUGGUGUCAAGAGCGAGGUGCGCAGCCCCGGGCUGUGCGAAGCAGACGUGGCGUUGUACGGUGAAUCGCUUCCGUACGACCAAUCCACGCUGUCUUACCAGUAUUAUAAUAGUAUGCAGCAGUAUGGAGGCGGCGGAACGGCUUCGUCGUACGUUGGUUCCACAUUGUACAAUCAGCCGUACGCGGCCUAUCCGCCACCGCACAACACUAAUAAUAGAUCAUCGUGUAAGGCUACACCGACGUACUUGAGCUAUGGUGUCGGCAGCGUUGGCUCAGUACCUGGUAACUUCGCAACUCAACCCUCGCCGUACUAUCCAUCUUAUAACGGUGGUCUAACACAGUCAUUUACGAAUACACAACAGGAUUACAGCGGUUACGCAACAGGUUACGCUGAUCACAGCGUCGCCCAAUAUGGCGGUUACUACGCCACCCCUAGUUACUCACCCUAUGUUAGUUCCCCUAGCAGCAGUGGCAGUGCUGGGCAUACAUCAUAUCAUCUUGGUGGAACUUUAUCUGAAUCUCCAUCAUCAAUGCUGCCAACUCUAAAUGAUACUCCGCUGUCUCCGAUUAAGAAUGAAGUGCAUCCAGCCAGUCGAAGAUGCAGAGAAAACUCUGGUGAAAGCACAGCAAGCAGAUCACGGGGUCGAGGUCGUCGUAACACAUCAUCUUCACCAGCACAACACGUCCCCGAGCCUACGACAGAAAGAGUCUUUAUAUGGGAUUUGGAUGAAACAAUUAUAAUUUUCCACUCACUUCUCACGGGCACAUAUGCAACUAAGUACAAUAAGGAUACACAGCAGAUAGUGCAAUUAGGCUUCAGAAUGGAAGAGAUGAUAUUCAGCUUAGCAGACACACAUUUCUUCUUUAAUGAUGUUGAGGAUUGUGACCAGGAGCACAUAGACGCAGUGGCGGCUGAUGACAAUGGUCAAGACUUAUCCGCGUACAACUUUGCCUCGGAUGGAUUUCACGCGAGCGCCGCACCUAACACCGGCUUAUGCGCUCCUGGUGUCCGCGGCGGUGUCGAUUGGAUGAGAAAGCUGGCUUUCCGAUACCGAAAGAUAAAGGACACUUACAACAAUUACAGAAAUAGUGUGGGUGGCUUAUUAGGUCCAACGAAGAGAGAACAAUGGUUACAGUUAAGAGCAGAGUUGGAACAAGCAACGGACAACUGGCUCACACUUGCUUGCAAGUGCCUCAACAUGAUUAACUCAAGGGAAAACUGCGUGAAUGUACUAGUGACGACGACACAACUAGUUCCAGCGCUUGCUAAAGUUCUUCUAUUUGGUCUUGGAGGCGUAUUCCCUAUUGAAAAUAUAUAUUCUGCAACAAAGACAGGAAAAGAAACAUGCUUUGAAAAAAUUAAACAACGGUUUGGGGAGAGGUGCACAUACGUUGUCAUUGGGGACGGUCAAGACGAGGAAGCGGCGGCGAAAGCUAAGAAUUACCCCUUCUGGAGGAUAUCCGGUCACUCGGACAUCGCUGCUCUAUACAACGCGCUCGACAUGGGCUUCUUAUGAUUUGCUGUUGUCCUGGUACUCGUUUUGCGUUAUGACUACGAAAUAGAUAAAGUUGUUUUUUGUUCUGUGAAUGCAAUUUAACAAAUUGAAAAAAAAACACGUUGCCAGGAUCCAAGCUUCUUACAUCUCACUGCUGUCCUGGUACUCGUUUUGUAGAUAUUCAGUAUUUAUCCUCAUAAUUCCUAUUUUAAUUACCUUUUUAACACUCACUGAUUUGAGCUUCUUUAUCUAUUUUAAAUUUAUAUUUCGAACCUUUAGCUAAAACAUAAACAUAAAAUAUAUUUCAUUCAUUCAUUACCAUUCAAAUUAUUUUAUUUUAUGUUUGAAAUUGUUAACACUGAUUAUAAUUUUGCGUAACAAGUCGGUGUUUGUAACACUAGUGCAGUUUUACUCCUUAAUUCUUCUGAAUACUUAGUACUUUUAUUUCCUAGAAUAUUUGUAAAAAAAAACGAAUAUUUAAAAGACAACCUUAUAAAUCCAUCGCUUUUAGCAAUUAUUACCAAAACCGUACAACUAUAUUAAAUACAAAAUCAUAUCAAUAUUUGCUUAGACGUAAUGGCUCACAUGUAAGUACAUUUUUGUAUUAAAUGUAAAUUCAGAGCCCUAUUCAGUAAAUCAAAUUAUUAACAGUAACAUAAAUAUUUUAGUUUUAAAGCUCAAAGUCAGCUCAAAACUUGCGAGAAAUUUUUUUUAGAUUCCUUUUGUAAAUAUUUAUUCGAUUGUAUGUAGAAAAAAUUAAAUUAGAUUUAUUCUAAUUCCAUUCCUACUACGUAAGUUUUUAUAUAUACUAUACAAUGUACAGAUAAUUAAUAUUUUUUAGUAAAAACUUUUUAGAGGAAUGUUUAUUAUAUCAAGAUAACAUUUUGGGGCAUUUUUUAUUUUUCCAUAUUGUUACGUUGUAUCGUUAAUAAAUUGAUUUAAUCAAUUCUUUACAUUUACGGUAAUUAUAAUUUUCUGUAUUUAAAUAACUUUAUAAUUCAAUAUUAGCGAUAAAUUAUUAUCGCUUAUAAACUGUAUUUAAGUCCCGUUUAUAUCAUACGAUAUGAAAACGAAUAUAUUUCUUUUGUAAAACCAACUGUAUAGUCGUGUUAUGACAAUAUAGUUACGAAAUAUAAUAUAAUAAAUGCAAUUACAACUAAACUUGGUACAUGUUACAGAAGUGAAACUUUUUUGCGUCAGUUUAACUAAAAGAUUAUAUAAUUUACACGUAAAUUUGAAAUUUUAAUUUCAUAGUGCCUAAAGAAGUUUCAUUUCAUAAUCGUUCCUUUUAUAAUAUAGCACGAGAUGUUUUGUAAACUUUAAUUAUUAUCUUUAAAAUUAACGAAAUCCAACAACGAAAAAUAAUAAAUAACGAAAUUGUACAACAGAAUGUAACGUUAUUUUAGUCGCUAAACUAUGCUCUUGUUGCUAUACACUUUAUAUUUAUAAUUAGCCAUUACUGCCAAAUAGCUAUCAAUAUACUGCAAUAUUUUUAGAUGAUUUUAUUUUAUUGCGCUAAAUCUUAAAUGAUAGUGCUUUUUGAUACUUUCUUUAUGAUAGCAGUUAUAGUUUUUAUGUACAAGUUGUAACGAAAUAAUACAGCCGUUACGUGAAUUAUUUCAUUGCCAAAAAUAUUGUUCGAGCUAAAACCAGACGUGUACAAAAUAUAAUUUCUUACAACGAAAUUUCAAUGGCUUAAAUCGUUAGAUGUAAACGCACUCUGAUCGCGUCGCACAUGUUUUUCAAUUCAACGAGCAUGUUUUUUUACAUGUACAUGUAGACAUGUAGUUUGAGCUGUGUCUUGAAGACGAGUGUUUUAUGGAAAUUAGCAAUACAUUAUAUAUAAAAUUAAUUAAUUGGAAAUUGUAAAUACAGAGUAAUGUUUUAGAUGUACACGAUAAUAGCUUAUACGCUAGUGAUAUGAAAUUUAAUUCGAAAGUUACGAUUAA